CGCAUUCUUAGGGUUUCCUCUCUCUCCUCCGUCCGGGCAACUCCACCCCCAACCCAACCGUACCGGCGGCGGCGAAGGCCGCGACCAACCCGCGCAGUGCAGGCGCCAUGGCCGCGCCGGAGGCACCCACAUGCUACGUCGGGGUCGCGCGCCAGUCCGCCGCCUUCCGCCUCAUGAAGCAAAUGGGAUGGGAGGAAGGUGAAGGCCUUGGGAAAGACAAGCAAGGCAUAAAGGGACAUGUUAGAGUGAAGCAAAAGCAGGACACACUAGGUGUUGGUGUAGACACUGCUCAAAACAAAUGGGCAUACGAUACCACCCAAUUUGAUGAUAUACUAAAGAAACUGAAAGUGCAAUCUUCUAAUCCUGAUAAAAAAGAAGUUGAGGAUGUAAUCAGUUCGCCUGACAGUACACCUAAGAAAGAAAAACCUGCAAAGGAUGAAGUCUCUAAAGUUACCCGGCCUCAAGGAAGAUACAAGAAAAGAGAGAGGGGGAAAAGUGUGAAGGGUUAUUCAGCAGUUGAUCUUCAAGGCAUACUUGUUCGGAAAAAUGAAAGUGAUUGUGAGGUAGAUCAGGAAGUUCAACCGGAAGGCGUGGAAGAGACUGAUAUCAUCAUGUGUCAGACUGCAGUAUCCCAAGCUGAAGAUGUGAACUGGUGGGGGCACAAGUUCGGAUAUGUAUCAGGAGGCUUUUUAGGAGCAAAAUCUCGCAAGAAGAAAUCGUCCACACAAAAAGAUCCUAAUGCCCGCCAGAUGUUUGGGGAAGACGAUCAAGAGAAUCUAUACAACCUUGUCCAGGACAAAGCUACAUCUGGAAAGCAGGGUCUUGGCAUCAAGGACCUGCCAAUGAAAAUUGCUGGCCACCGUUGGAAAGGGAACAAAAAAUCUCUUGGUGAUAGUGAUGACGAAAAUUCAACCCAGUCUGAAUUAUCAGAAUUGGAAGAGGAUGAAGACGAGGAAGGAUCUGGUAGUGAUGCUGAAGUAAAAGAAAUUCAGCAGACAGCAGUGAAAGAUGUUCCUGUGGAUGCUAAACCUAGAAUCAAAUUUAAGAAACUUUGCAAAAAAAUACUUCGUCAGGCUCCAUCUCAAUCCAUGAAACUGAAGGAGCUGAAGGAAGCUGUUGAAGCACAAUCAACUAUAUUUUCCGACUUCUCCUGUAGACGCGAAGCUCUAUCAUUCCUGAAGACGAAGCUACAAGGAAGCAGGAAAUUCAACCUGGAGGGCAAGAGGGUGCAUCUUGUAUCAUGAAGCAGAACGAAAGAUACAGCAGUGGUGCGAUUUUUCCCUGUGGCAUGCAGCCCUUGAGGCGAUAUAUUUAUUGAUUGUUGCUUUGGAUGAGUAUAGAUGUAGGUGGCACAUCAAGCUGCGCAGUAUAGAUGUAAGUCAUAUACCCUUGUGGAUCGGGGUUCAAAUUUUGCAAAACCUGCUAGUGGCAGAUGUGCUAAUUUAUCUGUGUUUACACUUCAGCACAUUUGGUUCCUUCUUCCCACAUCAAAAAUAUGAAGUCUGCGAUGAAACAUA